UUCUGACAUCACGAUAGUGUAAAAAUAGAAAAGUUUGUAUUGAUAUUCGGAAGGGAAUCCCAGAAGAACAAUCCGACAAAUAUCGCAAUCAUCGGUGGUUAAAACGAAGGAUCAGCUCCUUUUUUCCUGCUGAAAAUCUGGGCAGCUCAUGAAUACGCAGCCCAGGAGAGUUCCCCAAGGGGAGUCACAGUAUCCCAGAGUUAUUGCCCCAUCAGCUCAGCAGCGUUUUGACAUACCAGUAGGAGCGGCGGAAAACUUGGCACAGAUUCAGUUUCCUAUGCACAGUUUCCCGACUACACAGUCACAUGUUCAUUCAACCGGAAUGCAUCACCAGCCAAAUCCAGGAUUGUCAGGUCACCACGGUCCACCUACAGGUCAAGGGUCAUCCCAGCCCUCCAUCCAACAGGCCCACUCUCAGGGACCACCCCCACAGGCCCAUUCUGCUACCACUCAGGGUCAGCAACAGCAGCAGUUCCAGAGACUGAAGGUUGAAGAUGCAUUGUCGUAUCUCGACCAAGUCAAGCUGCAGUUUGGCAAUCAGCCUCAGGUCUACAAUGAUUUUCUAGACAUCAUGAAAGAGUUCAAGUCACAAACAAUUGACACCCCAGGAGUUAUUAAUCGAGUGUCCAACUUGUUCAAAGGCCACCCUGACCUGAUUGUAGGCUUUAACACGUUCCUUCCCCCAGGGUAUAAGAUCGAGGUCCAGGCCAAUGAAAUCAGCGUUCACCAGCCAGGCCAGCAGACACUGUGUAUCCCAACAAAUACCCCAAUCAUGCUGCCAUCAGCCACACCCAUGCCAGGACAUAAAUUAGACAUGUUCUCCAUGCCCCAGAAGACAACCCCUCCCCCAGCCCACAUGCCGAGUACUCCCACCCACGGGUCGUCCCACCACUCCUACCAUCAGUCGCCUCACCGCGGGGGAUCGGAGCAGAUGGGGUCCACCAAUCAGAGCCAUCAACCCCAGCCUCAGCAGCCUCAGGCCGGGCAGCCUGUAGAAUUCAAUCACGCUAUCAACUAUGUCAACAAAAUCAAGAAUCGUUUCCAAGGCCAACCAGAGAUCUAUAAAGCGUUCCUGGAGAUUCUACACACCUAUCAGAAGGAACAACGGAACCUUAAAGAAGGAAUUGUCUCCCCUGGCUGUAAGCCCCUGACCGAGGCUGAGGUGUACUCACAGGUGGCCAAACUGUUCCAGAACCAGGAGGAUCUACUGGCCGAGUUUGGUCAAUUCCUGCCAGAUGCCAAUGGAUCAUCUUACGGAGGAUAUCUAAACAUGUUACAGACUGACAGCUCAUCCCUGGGGGUCAGAAAUGACCAUUCCUCCACUGUCAAAAAACCCUCCCUAGGCAACAAAAGUCAGAUGGGGAAGAGCGGAAAUCAACACAGAAGACCCUCUGGUGGGCCACAACCUCCACAGAAGAAACAGAGAACGGGUACCUUAAAAGACAUCUCACUUGCUGAGGCCGGAAGAUAUGGAACAUUGAAUGAGUUUGCCUUCUUUGACAAAGUGAGGAAGUUCCUGAAACACCCUGAGGUUUACGAGAAUUUCUUGCGAUGUCUGGUUCUAUUUAACCAGGAAGUGAUUUCAAGAACCGAACUGGUUCAGCUUGUCCAGACUUUUUUACAGAGAUCCCCAGAGUUGUACAAGUGGUUCAAGGAUUUCCUAGGAUACAAGGAGUCAGGUGGUACCACUGAGGCGGUACCUCAAGGUGCCCUUGGGAAGGAGAGGGUCAGCGGGGAGCUUGCAAUGGAAAUAGACUAUGCCACAUGUAAGAGAUACGGAGCCAGCUAUAGAGCACUGCCCAAGUCCUACCCUCAGCCUAAGUGUUCAGGACGAACCCCGCUGUGUAGAGAGGUAUUGAAUGACACCUGGGUCUCUUUCCCCUCCUGGUCGGAGGAUUCCACGUUUGUCACAUCACGGAAAACGCAGUAUGAGGAACACAUAUACCGCUGUGAGGAUGAAAGGUUUGAGCUUGAUGUUGUCGUAGAGACAAAUCUGGCCACUAUCCGUUGCCUGGAAGCGGUACAAAAGAAAAUGAGUCGAAUGAGCUCAGAGGAAGCAGCUAAAUUCCGAUUGGACAACUCCCUGGGCGGGUCAUCUGAUGUUCUUCAAAGGAAAUCCAUACAGAGAAUCUAUGGUGACAAAGCUCCAGAUAUUAUUGAUGGUCUGAAGAAGAACCCUGUUGUAGCCGUACCACUAGUGCUGAGGAGGUUGAAGGCCAAAGAGGAAGAAUGGCGUGAAGCCCAGAGGAACUUCAACAAGAUUUGGAGAGAGCAGAAUGAGAAAUAUUAUCUCAAGUCACUGGACCAUCAGGGGAUUAACUUCAAACAGAAUGAUGUCAAGGCCAUCCGAUCUAAAGGACUGCUCAAUGAGAUAGAGACUAUAUAUGAUGAGCGGUCAGAACAGGAAACAGAGAGUGCUGAAGCAUUUAACCCCCAUCUGAGUUAUGUGUAUAAGGACCGAUCUGUCAUUGAGGAUGCGGCCUCCCUCAUUCUACAUCACAUGAAGAGACAAGCUGGAAUUCACAAAGAUGACAAACACAAGAUCAAGCUGUUGUUACGUCAGCUGAUACCAGAUCUGUUCUUCAUGCCGCGACAGGAAAUGAGUGACGACGAGGAAGAAGAUGACAUGGAUGUUGAUGAUGCAGACAAGGAAAUGCCAAAAGCAGAGGAAAAGAAAGAAUCGGAAAAGGACAAAUCUUCAAGUUCAGGGAAAAACGGAAAGGAGAGUGAGGAAGUGAAGAUCAAGGAGGAAAAGUUGGACCCCGAGAUUAAGAUGGAGGAGGGGGAUGAGAGUAAGUCUGCUGACUCGGCUGUUGUCAAUGGCGACCAGGAGGAAAACACUAACGAUGAUGAUAUGGAGGAUGAUGACAUCUAUUCCCUGUUCUUUGUCAACAAUAACUGGUAUCUGUUUUUCCGCUUACACCAAAUUCUGUGUGAACGCCUGUACAAGAUAUACACAUAUUCUGUUAAAAUCGCAGCUGAGGAGGCGCAGUGUCGAAAAGACCGAAAGGAAUCCACUGCAGUAGCCCUCAGACUCAAAGCCCCAAGUGAGAUUGAGCCUGAGGAGUACUAUCCUUACUUCCUGGAGAUGGUGAAGAGUUUGCUUGAUGGGAAUCUGGAAUCCACACAGUAUGAGGACCAGCUAAGAGAGAUGUACGGUAUCCAUGCUUACAUUGCCUUCACCAUGGAGAAGUUGGUACAGAACCUUGUCAGACAGAUGCAGCAUAUUGUCCAGGAUGAGGUUUGUGUUAAGAUCACUGCACUGUUCCAGGAGGAACGCAAGAACAAUGCCACAGGUGGACGGGUAGCCACUGUCCACCAGCGGUCAGCCAAGGAGAGCGCCUACCAGAAGAAAGCCGAACAGUGUCUCAGCGAGGAAAACUGCUUCAAAGUUGUCAUUUUCAAGAAAGAGUGUAAGUUGACCUUUGAACUCCUGGACACUGAUCACGAGCAGUCUGAUGAUCCAAUAGAAGUAGAGCGUUGGUCUGAGUAUGUAGAGAAAUAUGUCUCCAAGGACGACACAGUGUCGGAAGACCUGAAGGAACACCUUAAUCGCAAACCUGUUUUCCUUCCCAGGAAUGUGAGACAGUGGCGACUUCACCAGAAGAAUCAGAAAUCUCGGUCGGACACAGAGACGGAGGAAAUCCCCGGGUCACCCAAGCAGUCUACGGAGGACAUGGAUAUUCUGGACAAUACAGAGUGUAAAUUUAACGUCAACUCAUUCAAAAUAGUGUACGUCGUCAACAGCGAGUACUAUUUGUACAAACGUACAGCACUCACCAAGGCAAGGGAGUCACACAAGAGAGUGUCCCUAAAGCUCCAUGACAAAUUCACCAUGUGGAUAAAUCGCUGGCGGGAGGAAAAUCUGACGGAGAAUCAAAAGACGGCUUGUGAGGAUUGGCUGAUGGGACAUACUGAGGAUCUGGUGGCGUGUACCACCACGAAGGAAUCUUGCGGUACCGAAGAUGCCACACCCUACUUCACCUUUAACAAAUACAAGGUGGAGUAUGAAUACGAGACCAAAAGUGAGGCAGGGGAACCAGCUGAGCCAGUUAAAGAGGCCACUAAUUAAGGAGGUUACUAAUGAAUCUAUCGAUAACAACCGAAAUUUCAGCAAGUACUUGCUUAAUAUUAUCUAAAGUUAACUAUAAGAGAAAACGGGACUGAUGCAUUUAAAGAAAGUAGAUUGGAUGCAUUUAAACAAAUCUCUUUUUACAGACAUUGUAUGAUGUAUUUAAAGGGGUAAUGCAUUCAACCAAUCGUCAUUAUUUACAUAGGUUGACACUUUCAAACAAUGAUGAAUUUCAUUUCUUAAAGGUUGCAUGUCAUUUGAUCAUGGGAAUUUUUAUAAUUAAUUUACACAACCCUGUACAUUUCAUGACAACAUGCAGGAAUAAAAAUUGCAGUCUGAUUGAUUAUAUGUAAAUGUACCAAAAACAAGAGAUUUAAUAUAUGAUCUUAAAAAUGAAGUUGUAAAUAAGAUUUUCAGUGUAUAUAUUUCUGUGUUAAAUGGAAGAAUCCUGUAGGUAUAUGUAAUUUUUUUAAUUCAGGAAUGUAAAUUGAUUACUUAGAGAAAUACCUAAUCACUUAGUAAAGUUUGUUUGUAAUUGUGAUCAUAAGAGGACUGAGUUAUACAUCAUGUUUGUUGUAUAUUUUUAUUACGCUACAUCUAUGAGGCCAUCUAUCAUAUACUCCAUGUUUUCGGGUUUAAGUUAAAAAUAUCUAAAUCUCUUAAAAUGCAUGCAGUCUGUAUAUUGUUACAUCAUCUGUUACAGUGACACAGCAUUACAAAUUUGAUUACAUUUAAUAAUGUAACAUUUUAUAUUAUUAAGUCAGCAUUUCCUCUGACUUUGCAUAUUGCAUAGACACAUUGUAUAUUUAUUCAUGUUACAUGUGUGUGAUCAUAUUUUGAGAAGAUUCGCUAUAUGCAGAAUCAAAAUUUUGUUUCUGCCCACAUAUUUACGAGGUAUGUAUAAAGCAUUAAAUCAGAGCCCUAUUCACGACUGCAAAAAAUGUAUAAUUCAUCUUUUAAAAUUCAAAACAGGUAAAAUUUUUCUCCAUAAAGGUGUGCUUAUAUGAUCCGCAAAUUUUUAUUUUCACUGUUAAUUAUUUUUAAUCAUUUUUCACAUGGUUUCUGUAAAGUUAAAUCUUCAAUUUGUGAAUAGAGACUGCAUGACAAUUACGUUAUUACAUGUAAUGCCUGGGACUGUAAUUGUUUGACUGGGAUAUGACAUAUACCUCUUAUUAUUGUAAAAUAAUUUCUUGUAAAUAGUCAUAAACCUCAGAAUUGCAAUGUAGAUUAUAAGAAAUGCAACUUGUAAGUCUGUAGUAUUACAUUUUUAUUACAUAUUGCAAUGUAAUAAUGUGUCAUUGAAUUUUCCAUACUGGUCAAACAGAUUGUAAAAGGUUAAUAUUAUUAUAUAUUACAAUUAUUGUUAAUUACAUUGUAAUACUUUUGUACAUGAAUUUCUCUUUUGGUCAAACUGAUGCUGCCUUCUCAUCUACCUUAACGUGGUCAUCUACAUUCACUUUGUUUGUCAUCUACUUUCACUUUGUGUAUGUUUAGUGUAGAAAAAGUGUAUUAAAAGUAAUAAGUCCAAA